CUGUACUAUCUACCAUCUAACUGUUCUUCUCACUAUUAUCCUACUCUCUUCUGUCCUGUACUAUCUACCAUCUAACUGUUCUUCUCUCUAUUAUCCUACUCUCUUCUGUCCUGUACUAUCUACCAUCCUAAUGUUCUUCUUUCUAGUAUCCUACUCUUUCCUGUCCUGUACUAUCUACUAAUGUUACUGUUCUCCUCUCUUCUAUCUUAAUCUGUCCUGUCCUGUCCUGUACUAUCUACCAUCUUACUGUCCUUCUCUCUAUUAUCCUACUCUAUCCUGGUCUGUACUAUCUACCAUCCUAAUGUUCUUCUUUCUACUAUCCCUAUCCCUCCUGUCCUCUACAAUCUACCAUCUUACUUUUCUGCUCUCUACUAUCCUACUCUCUCCUGUCAUCUACAAUCUACCAUCUUACUGUUCUCCUCUCUACUAUCAUAAUCCCUCCUGUCCUGUACUAUCUACCAUCUUACUGUUCUUCUUUCUAAUAUCCUACUCUUUCCUAUCCUGUACUAUCUACCAUCUUACUGUUCUCCUCUCUACUAUCCUACUGUAUCCUGUUCUGUACUAUCUACCAUCCUACUGUUCUCCUCUCUACUAUCUUAAUCUGUCCUGUCCUUUACUAUCUACCAUCUUACUGUUCUUCUCUCCACUACUGUCCUACUCUAUCCUGUUCUGUACUAUCUACCAUCUUACUGUUCUCCUCUCUACUAUCUUAAUCUGUCCUGUCCUUUACUAUCUACCAUCUUACUGUUCUUCUCUCUAUCAUCCUACUCUCUCCUGUCCUGCACUAUACACCAUCUUACUGUUCUUCUCUCUAUUAUCCUACUCUCUCCUGUCCUGUACUAUCUACCAUCGAAAUGGUCUUCUUUCUAUGAUCCUUAUCCCUCCUGUCCUCUACAAUCUACCAUCUUACUGUUCUCCUCUCUACUAUCUUAAUCUGUCCUGUCCUGUACUAUCUACCAUCUCACCGUCCUUCUCUCUACUAUCCUACUCUAUCCUGUCCUGUAAUAUCUCCCAUCUAACUCUUCUCCUCUCUGCUAUCCUAAUAUGUCCUGUCAUGUACUAUCUGCCAUUUUAAUGUGCUUCUCUCUUCUAUCUUUAUCUCUCCUGUCCUGUACUUUCUACCAUCUCAAUUUUUUCUCUACUAUCCUACUCUCUCCUGUCCUGUACUAUCUUGAAUCAAACUGUUCUUCUCUCUACUAUCCUACUCUUCCCUGUCCUGUACUAUUUCAUAUCUUACUGUUCUUCUCUCUUCUUUCCUACUUUCUCCUGUCCUGUACUAUCUUGUAUCAACCUGUUUUUCUCUCUACUAUCCUACUCUUUCCUGUCCUGUUCUAUUUCCCAUCUUACUGUUCUUCUCUCUGCUAUCUUUAUCUCUCCUGUCAUGUACUUUCUACCAUCUCACAGUUUUCUCUACUAUGCUACCCUCUCCUGUCCUGUACUAUCUUGUAUCAAACUGAUCUUCUCUCUACUAUCCUACUCUUUCCUGUCCUGUACCAUGUACAAUCUUACUGUUCCUCUCUCUACUAUCCUAAUCUCUCCUGCUUUGUAUAAUCUUGUAUCAAACAGUUCUUCUCUCUACUUUUCUACUCUUUCCUGUCCUGUACUCUCUAUCUUGUCCAUACCGUUCUUCUCUCUAAAACUAUCCUACUCUUUCCUGUCCUGUACUAUCUACCAUCCUACUGUUCUUCUCUCUACUAUCCUUAUCCCUCCUGUCCUCUACUAUCUACCAUCUCACCGUUCAUAUCUCUACUAUCCUGCUGUCUAAUGUCCUGUACUGUCUAACCUUUUACUGUUUUUCUCUCUACUAUCCUACUUUUUCCUGACUUGUACUAUCUUGUUUCAAACUUUUUUUUCUCUCCUAUCCUUCUCUCUCCUGUCCUGUACUAUCUACCAUCUUACUGUUGCUUUCUCUUCUACCCUACUCUCUCCUGUCCUGUACUAUCUUAGUGUUCUUUGUGCUAUCUUUAGGGCCUGUACUAUAUACUAGUACUAUGUACUAUAAGUGCAUGUUAAGAGUGGAAAGGGACGGCUGCGGGGGGAGGUUGGAGGCCGUUUAUUUGGGAUGUAACUGGAAUACAUGUUUUUGCUUCCUAAUAAAAUAUCACUUUGCAGUCUAAGUAAUACUUAUGUUUUAUUUUGAAUUGUGUUGUUAGUUAAAGCAGAGGAACAAUUUGAGUGAAAGAGCAUUGCUAAACAUCGCAUAAGUGACUCAACAACCAAUUUUGGGUAAUUAACAUCAUUGUCUAGGUGAUGUCAUUCAGUGUAUGUGAAUGUGUAUGUGUAUUCAUUAGUGACCAAGGUUGUAAAUGGACGAUCAGCAUGUAUCUUCAAUGUCUCAAAAAUAAUUCUUGAUGAGAGCAAUCUAGCUUGAACCAUAAAUGGUUACAAUAAGUUCUCAUUAAUGAUAUUAAGAGAACGUAUGAGUAGUUGCAUGUAUUGCUGUAUCUGAGUGUAAGUUACGUGACACAGGCGUCAGCAGUGAGUUAAACAUUUAUGUCACACUGGCAAUAAUGUUGCAGUGUAGUGAUAGGAGGCAACAUACGAUAUGUGACUGUAUUCUGACAUCUGUUAUUUUCAUACAAAAGAUCAGAAACGUUUCAGUUUGACUAUCAACGUGAGAAAGGAUACCUCUGAGGGGAGUAAAACACACUCGGUAAGAUGUGUGUGAGUACCUGUAUCAUUCUCCAAACCAUUAGACAGAUUUAGUGGCAUUGUCUAGCCUCAGUUGGCCUCUGAGUGUAGCAGCAUUAUAAUGGAACAUGUUAUGGUGAACAUGCCAGAGGGUGAGUGAUUGAAGUAAUGAGAAACACAGCUGUAUCGUGGCGUCAUUAAAGGUAAUCCAGUCUGGACCAGACAAACCAGAAUGAAACACAACUAACCAAUUCACAGCUGGUCCUCCAUCAAGUAGUAUUCAUAUCCAGCAGCUUCUACACAUCCUGAGGCAAGCAUGGAUGACUGGUAAAUUGUUCUAAUCUGGCCACAAAAGAUGGGUCACUUUAAUGAGCACUGAUCAAAUGCUGAUGUAAGAUGUGUGUCACAGCUUAUCCUCCAUCAAGUAAUAUUCACACCCAGCAGAUAUUGUCAUCAACAAUUUCUUAAGGGAGACAUGGUAACUGGUGAACUGUUCUAAUCUGGCCACAAAAGAUGGGUCACUCUGAUGAGCACUGAUUAUAAGCUGAUAUAAGAUGUGUGUCACAGCUUAUCCUCCAUCAAGUAAUAUUCACACCCAGCAGAUAUUGUCAUCAACAAUUUCUUGAGGGAGACACGGUAACUGGUAAACUGUUCUAAUCUGGCCACAAAAGAUAGGUCACUCUGAUUAGCACUGAUCGUAAGCUGAUAUAAGAUGUGUAACACAGCUUAUCCUCCAUCAAGUAAUAUUCACACCCAGCAGAUAUUGCCAUCAACAAUUUCUUGAGGGAGACACGGGUAACUGGUAAACGGUUCUAAUCUGGCAACAAAAGAUGGUUCACCCUGAUGAGCACUGAUCAUAAGCAGAUGUAAUAUGCAUGUAACAACUGGUCCUCCUUCAAGUAAUAUUCAUUCCCAGCGGAUAUAUAUAUACGUUCUAAACACAAACAAGGAUGACUGAUAAACGUAUCUUACACACAGUAGGUGGGUGUCUCUGAUGAGCACUGACCACACAUGCAUAAUGUAGUAAGAUUUGAUGUAUUGUUUCACAUGGCUGGGGAACAGUUUCGCCUGAUAUAGAUGUCCUUGUGGCAUUGUCAAAGCUUAGUUACAGUUAUUGUAUUUGCUAGAGGUUUUCUGUCACAUAUCAAGAGGGUUUGUCAUAUGAAAAUAUUAUAAUUCUCAAACACAGCCACCACACAUAACGAUGUGGCAUUUCCAUAGCUUCUUGCAGUCACACAGGAUUCACUGUAAUCGGUAUCCUAGCCAUAUUGCAUGUAGUAAGGGACACCUUUGACAGUGUACGUAAUAACUUGUCAAUAUUAUUCUAGUCUAAGGGUUGGUCUGUGACCAAUUGUCCGUAACGGCUUUUGUCCUGUUAUCUGACUUCCCUUCCCCGCUUCUACUCACAGCUCCACAUUUUCAACAACAUUCCCCUUUCCUGUUCUGAUGUCCCCAUUACAAAUGUACUUCCCUCAACUUUGCCUUCUCCAGUGUCCCCCUUUUCCCGACCUGCCCCUACCUCCAGCCUACCAAUGUACAUCCAACAUCAGCUCCUCCGAUAUCCUUCAUUUCACCACCUGCCCCUACCUCCAGCCAACCUAUGUACUUCCCCUCUCCUCCUCCAAUGUCCUCCAUUUCGCCACCUGCCCCUACCUCCGUCCUACCAAUUUAUUUCCCUUUAUCUCCCUCCUCCAAUGUCCUCCAUUUCCCCACCUGCUCUACCUCCAGCCACCCUAUGUACUUCCCUUCACCUCUCCUCCUCCAAUGUCCUCCAUUUCGCCACCUGCCCCUACCUCCGUCCUACCAAUUUAUUUCCUUUCACUUCCCUCCUCCAAUGUCCUCCAUUUCCCCUUCCCCUACCUCCAGCCUACCAAUAUACUUCCCUUCAUCUCCCCUCCUCCAAUGUCCUCCAUUUCACCACCUGCCCCUACCUCCAGCCAACCUAUGUACUUCCCCUCUCCUCCUCCAAUGUCCUCCAUUUCACCACCUGCUCCUACCUCCAGCCAACCUAUGUACUUCCCUUCACCUCUCCUCCUCCAAUGUCCUCCAUUUCACCACCUGCCCCUACCUCCAGCCAACCUACGUACUUCCCUUCACCUCUCCUCCUCCAAUGUCCUCCAUUUCGCCACCUGCCCCUACCUCCAGCCAACCUAUGUACUUCCCUUCACCUCUCCUCCUCCAAUGUCCUCCAUUUCGCCACCUGCCCCUACCUCCGUCCUACCAAUUUAUUUCUCUUCACCUCCCUCCUUCAAUGUCCUCCAUUUCGCCACCUGCCCCUACCUCCGUCCUACCAAUUUAUUUCUCUUCACCUCCCUCCUCCAAUGUCCUCCAUUUCGCCACCUGCCCCUACCUCCGUCCUACCAAAUUAUUUCCCUUCAUCUCCCUCCUCCAAUGUCCUCCAUUUCCCCACCUGCUCUACCUCCAGCCACCCUCUGUACUUCCCUUCACCUCUCCUCCUCCAAUGGCCUCCAUUUCGCCACCUGCCCCUACCUCCAGCCAACCUAUGUACUUCCCCUCUCCUCCUCCAAUGUCCUCCAUUUCACCACCUGCUCCUACCUCCAGCCAACCUAUGUACUUCCCUUCACCUCUCCUCCUCCAAUGUCCUCCAUUUCACCACCUGCCCCUACCUCCAGCCAACCUACGUACUUCCCUUCACCUCUCCUCCUCCAAUGUCCUCCAUUUCGCCACCUGCCCCUACCUCCAGCCAACCUAUGUACUUCCCUUCACCUCUCCUCCUCCAAUGUCCUCCAUUUCGCCACCUGCCCCUACCUCCGUCCUACCAAUUUAUUUCCCUUCACCUUUCUCCUCCAAUGUCCUCCAUUCCCCCACCUGCUCUACCUCCAGCCUACCAAUAUACUUCCCUUCACCUCCCCUCCUCCAAUGUCCUCCAUUCCCCCACCUGCCCCUACUUCCGGCCUACCAAUAUACUUCCCUUCACCUCUCCUCCUCUUAUGUCCUCCAUUUCUCCACAUACCCGUACCUCCGUCCUAACAUGUACUUUCCUUAACCUCUUCCUCCAUUGUCCUUAAUUUCCCCAUUUGCCCCUAUCUCCGGCCUACCAAUGUGCUUUCCUUCACCUCUCCUCCUCCAAUGUCCACUGAUCACAAGCUGAUGUAAGAUAACUGGUAAACUGUUCUUAUCUGGCCACAUAAAAUGAUGAGCACUGAUCAAAAGUUGAUAGAAGAUGUGUGUCACAGCUUAUCCUCCAUCAAGCAAUAUUCACACCCAGCAGAUAUUGUCACCAACAAUUUCUGAGACAAACAUGGAUGACUGGUAAGCUUGUCUUACCUGGAUAUAGAAGGUGGGUAUCUCUGAUGAGCACUGAUCACCCAUGCAUUGAUAUAGCAAGAUUUGAUGAAACACUAUAACCAGCAGCUUCUAUGACCAACACAUCCUGAGGCAAACAUGGGUGACUGGUAAAUUGUUCUAAUCUGGCCACAAAUGAUGGUUCACCCUGAUGAACACUGAUCAAAAGCUGAUAUAAUAUGUGUGUCACAGCUUAUCCUCCAUCAAGCAAUAUUCACACCCAGCAGAUAUUGUCACCAAUAAUUUCUAAGACAAACAUGGAUGACUGGUAAGCUUGUCUUACCUGGAUAUAGUAGGUAGGUAUCUCUGAUGAGCACUGAUCACACAUGCAUUAAUAUAGCAAGAUUUGAUGUAUUGUUUCAGGUCAUGUACUUCUUCUGAGCACCAUAUGGUUGGGAAACACCUUUACCUGAUAUAGAUGUACUUUUGAAUUGUCAAAGUUAAAUUUCAGUUCUUGUAUUUGUCAUAGGCUUUCUUUUAAGAGAACGUGUAACAUGAAGACUAUGAAACUUUGUUUCUAUUUUCUAACAUGAGAUCCAAACUAUUUUGUUUUAUGAGAUCUUUCUGUAAUCAUCUGAUAGGAAUAUUAUCAUUACCAAACACAAUGGCCGUAUAUAGCGAUGUGACAUUUACAUAGCUUCGUGCAUUCCUCGACGUAAAAGCAAGACAGAAACUGAAAACUGAGUAUGGUUUUACACAGCAGUUAGCAGUAUACUAGCCAUAUCACGUGUUGUCAGAUACACCUGUGACAGAGUGCAACAUUUGCUGUUGUCUAAGAGUCGAUGGUCGAUUACAAUGUGCCAGAUCAAUUGUCCAUAUUAGUUUCCUCGCCUGUCCCUACCUCCAUCCUUUAACUGUACGUUACUUCCCCUCUCCUGCUGCCAUGUCCCCAGUUUCCCAAAGUGCCUCUACUUCCGUCCUCCCACUUAACUUCACUUCCCCUCUCCUGCUCCCUUGUCCCCAAUUUCCCCACCUGCCCCCCUCCCUCCGUAAUCCCACUGUACUUCACUUCCCAUUUCCCACUCCCAUGUCCCCAAUUUCUCCAACUGCACCUCCCUCCAUCCUCCCACUGUACUUCACUUCCCCUCUGCUGCUCCCAUGUCCCCAAUUUCCCCACCUGCCCCGCUAACUCCGACCUCCCACUGUACUUCACGUCCCCUCCCUUGCUCCCGUGUCCCUAAUUUCCUCGCCUGCCCCUACCACCGUUCACCCACUGUACUUCACUUCCCCUCUCCUGCUCCGUUGUUCCUUAUUUCACCACCUGUCCCUACCUCCAUCCUCCCACUGUACUUAGCUUCCCCUCUCCUACUCCCAUGUCCUUGAUUUCCUCGCCUGCCCCUACCUCCAUCCUCCCACUGUACUUCACUUCCACUUUCCUGCUCCCAUGUCCCAAUUUCCCCACGUGCCCCUUCCUCCGUCCUCCCACUCUACUUCACUUCCCCUCUCCUGCUCCCGUGUCCCCUAUUUCCCCACCUGCCCCUACUUCCGUUCUGUACUUCACUUCCCCUCUCCUGCUCCUAUGUCCCCAUUUACUUCGCCUGCCCCUUCCUCCGUCCUCCAACUGUACUUCACAUCCCCUUUCCUAAUCCCAUGUCCCCAAUUCCCUCGCCUGCGCCUACCUCCGCCUUCCCACUGUACUUCACUUCCCCUCUCCACCUCCCAUGUCCGAAAUUUCCUCGCCUGUCCCUACCUCCGUUCACCAACUGUACUUAACAUCCCCUCUCCUUCUCCCAUGUCCCUGAUUUCCUCCCUUGCCCCUACAUCCGUCCUCCCACUGUACUACACUUCACCUCUCCUGCUCGCAUGUCCCUGAUUUCCUCACCUGACCCUACCUCUGUUCUCUCACUGUACUUCACUUCCCCUCUCCUGCUCCCAUGUCCCUGAUUUCCCCACCGGACCCUACCUCCGUUCUCUCACUGUACUUCACUUCCCCUCUCCUGCUCGCAUGUCCCUGAUUUCCUCACCUGACCCUACCUAUGUUCUCUCACUGUACUUCACUUCCCCUCUCCUGCUCCCUUUUCCCUGAUUUCCUCGCCUGCUCCUACCUCGGUCCUCCCACUGUACCUUACCCCCCCCUCUCCUGCUCCAAUGUCCCCAAUUUCCAAGCCUGUCCCUACCUCCAUCCUCCCACUGUUCUUCACUUCCUCUCUCCUGCACCCAUGUCCCCAGUUCCCAUUCCUGCCCCUACCUCCAUCCUCCCACUGUACUUCACUUCCUCUAUCCUGCUUCCAUGUCCCUGAUUUCCUCGUCUGCCUCUACCUCCGUCCCCCUACUGCUCUUCACUUCCCCUCUCCUGCACCUAUGUCCCCAAUUCCGACGCCUGCCCCUACCCCCAUCCUCCCACUGCACUUCCCUACGCCAAACUACUAUAGUUGCCUUCCCCUCUUCUGCGCCUUUUGCUGCCCCCAUGUCACCAUCUGCCCCUGUCUCCGUUGUAUAAUUACAGUUCCUUUCCGCCUAAAACCGUCAAGCUGAUAACCUCGACAUAUCCAUCCGGCCUUCUAUUGGGGCUCUUUAGCCCUCUCCUUCUCCGAUAUCCCCACCUGCCCCUACCGCUGUCCUACCACUAUUCGUCCAUACCAAUUUCCUGCUCUCAUGUCUCCCAUUUCUUCACGUGUCCGUGACCCUGUCUUCGCCCGACCACUAUACUCCAUUUCCCCUCUCUUGCACCCAUGUUCCCCAUAUCCCCACCUGACCCAGCCUCUAUUCUACAGUUAUACCCACCUUCCUCUCUCCUACUCCGAUGGCCCUCAUUUCCCCACCUACCGUUACCACAUCUUAUCAAUGUAUUUCUCGUCACCUUUCCUACCCCUAUGUUGCCAAUUUUCCAGAUUUCCAACACAUACCUCAGUCCUUUCAUUGAAGUUCUCUUCCCCUCUCCUGCCCUCAUGCUCCCAUUUCGUCACGUGCUUCUACCGCCGUCCUAUCAUUUAUCUUCCCAUAAUCCCUCUACCUCUCUCUAUCUCUCUCUCUCUACACAAACACAUCCACUCUCCUGCUUCCAUGUCCCUGAUUUACUCGCCCCCUUCUUCCUCCGUCCUCCCACUGUACUUCUCUUCCCCUCUCCUAUUCGCAUGUCCCUGAUUUCCCUACCUUACGCUACCUCGGUCUUCCCACUGUACUUUACUCCCCCUCUCCUGCUCCCCAUUUCCCUGAUUUCUUUGCCUGCCUUUACCUCCGUCACACAUACCUCAGUCCUAGCACUGAAGUUCUCUUCCCGUCUCCUGCCCUCAUGCUCCUCCCAUUUCGUCACGUGCUUCUACCGCCGUCCUAUCAUUAAUCUACCAAUAAUCCCUCUCUCUCUCAUGAAACGCUACGGCACCUUAUUGGAAACAUAGCUUUUCAAGGGUUCCAAGUACGUGUGUGAAUCAAUUAAAGCGCUCAUAAAAUCUUCAUUCAGGAAGGGUAACUCUUUUUAUAUACAUUAAACUCUCCCGGAGUAGCUUCCCUUGGAAUGACAUUCGCAUUUCAACGAAAACUAAACAAAUGACGUAGGAAGUGUUCGUGUGGAUAUAUCUAUGUUUACACAAUAUAGAGACGGAAGUGCAAGUUAUGCAUAAAGUCGACGCAUGCGUGCCUUUGCCGAGAGUAGCGGCGUCAUGACAACAGUUAGCCCUUCCUGUGUGUCCGCCAUUUUGAGAGAUAUCACUGGAAGUAUUUGCAGUUUUAUCGUGCAAAAUACAACUCGAAAAGUGUAUACAACUUGAAGAAGUGGAAAAAACAAUGAAUCCUACUACGGCAGUGCCUGUGACCCGCUUGCCCUCCGGGUUGCCGACAGUGGUGAUGGGAGAUGGGACCAGAUGUCUGGUAGAUCACAACACUAUCUGGAUACCAGCUGGUAAUCCUGUUUACUUCUCCCUGGGUGCUGGUUACCCACAGCCCAAACUCCUGCAGCCUGGAGUUCAAUCAUCUGUGACUGGUAUCCCCCUUACUCCUGCAGUCCAGGCACCAUCUUGCAGUGGACGUAGGGAGAUGAUGCCUGUCAGCCAGCCGCCUGUCAGCCUGCCCAGUUCAGUGCUAGACCUGGAGCUGAUGAGACCAGAGGAAAAAGAGGAAACCCACUGCUGAGCCCAGCAAGGAGUCCCUGCCCUCACGCAAGAGGAAGUGCCCAGUUGACAACAGCGAGGUGCCCCGAGCUGUGAAGCAGGCAAGACUGGAGGAGCCCCAGGACACUCUGGAGGACCUGGAAGCUCUCCUGGCUGAGUACAGCUCCAGUCUCUCAUCUGGCACCAGGGACUUCUUCUAAACACUGUAAGGGGCAGGGGACAGGUAGGUAUAGAUUGGUGUAUAGUUAGGUUGAUGUUUAUACAAUUACAUUAUCUUCAACAUAUCUUUCGCUUAUUUCACUCUUUCUUUUUCUACACAUUUCCACAUUUCUACACUAUCCUCCAAUCACUGUCCAACACUACACUAUUAUGUACUGUCAAACACAACUGUACAAUGCACUAUCUUACUGUUCUUCUCUCUGCUAUCCUACUCUUUCCUGACAUCUACUAUCUUGUAUCAAUCUGUUUUUCACUCUACUAUUCUACUCUCUCCUGUCUUGUACCAUCUAAUUGUUCCCUGCACAAUCCUGUGUUUUAGGGCUUCUAGUAUAUACUACUAAGUACAAUGUACUAUAAGUGCGAUCCAGGAAGGUCCAGUGUAGAAUAGGUCUUCAGCAACCCAUGCUUGCCGUAAAAGGCAAGAGUGCUUGUUGUAAGAGGUGACUAACAUGAUUGAGUUGUCAGGCUCACUGACUUGGUUGAUGCAAGU